GGAGCCGAGAGUGAGAGCGGGAGCGCGAGAGAUUCGGCGGUGCGUCGGAGCCGCGAGUGCGAGUCGAGGUGAAUCGAGACGAGACGAGACGAGGAGGCGCGAGUAAGGUCGCGUCGCGCGCUCAUCCGUUUUCCCGCAGCUCGGGGCGGCCGACAUUGCCGCCGCCGCCGCCGCCGCCGUCGUCGUCGUCGUCGUCGUCGUCGUCGUCGUAGUCGUCGCCGCCGCCGCCGCCGCCGUCGUCGCCGCCGCCGCCGUCGAACGUCGCUCUCGCUUCCAGCGCGCUGAUCUGCCGUCCCGUCCCGCCGGCGACGCGGCGCGGCAGCCGUCGUCCCGUUGUCGUUCGCCGGAGAGGAGGCGAGCGCGAGAGAGCGACAGGGAGCAGCAUCAGACAUUACUCGUCGCCGUGGUCGCCGUCGCCGUCGCCGCCGUCGUCGCCGUCGCUGCCACGGUGGUGCCGCUGGUGGCCGCUGGUGUUGGUGCGUUGUGCGCGCGUGUGCGUGUUACCUGUUUGCCUGCCCGUGCGCUCGCGGGUUGUGACGCCGGGGGGGUUCGACGUACCCCGAUCCCUACGAUGCCCAAUGGUUGACCGUGCACCCCAGUAUGCUACACGGGGACGCUCCACGCGCCGCGGUUCCCAUUGUUGUUGUUGUUGUGCGCGCGGGUACGAUUGCGGUACGGUGAAAUUGUUACGCGGCUCCGCCGGCGGCAGGGGGCGAGUGGUAGCCGUAUCAUCGUCAUCGUCGUCAUCAUCAUCGGCGGGCACAUCGUCAACGGUAGGAUCGAGAGCGACGGCGAGAGCAGCGGCGCGAGCGCCAGCGAUCAGGACGGGGACGGUGGCCUUCUAGUUGAGGAGACAGGCCAACCGGGCAUCUACGUCCCAGCUAGCCGCGGUGCCGCGCGGCGCCGUCCGUCUACGGCGCGCGUACGGCCGGACGCGGUCGUGUGCUACCUGUGUGUGCGCGGGCGCGCGCGCGCGCGCCUGCCUGCCCCGCUCGCUGCCGCUCGACAAGGAUCAACGAGAGACGGGCGCGAGUGGGAAGGAAGAGCGGAGAGCGAGAGGUUAGGUUAUUACGGAAGAAAGAUAACAGCCGCGCGGAGGAGCCAUGGCCGACCACCUGGUGGACGGGCCUCCGCCGAAGCGGCCCAAGCUCGAUCCGUUCCAGGGGACGUCGGACUCGGCGGUAGUGGGUAUGCCGCCUAUAUUGAUGCACCAUGCUUAUACGAACUACGGGGGAGGUGGCAGUAGCAUUCAACAAAUACAGGCCCCAUCGCAACAACUGCAACAGCUGCAACAGCAUCAGCUUCAGCAACACUGGAACAACAAUAUGGUCCAAAAAAAUUACAUUUCUAACACAGAACUGUACGAUCUUGAAAAUGAUCUUCCCGAUGAUUUGCUGUCAGCUGGAACUUGGGGCUCCACGACUGAGAGCACCAAACCACCAGCUACCGGUCCUGGCCCGGGACAGCAGAACGGUGCUCUCGACACAGAACUCAGACAUGUACAGCAGCAGCAGCAACUCUCCCAUCAUCUCAUCCAACAGGGCAACAAAAACUUGGUGGCAAACUCCUUGGUAAUGGCUGCGGGAACGUUAGGCAACAAGAGUCCGAAUAUGCAAUCGCCACCGAACGUGUCCGUUUCCAAGGGAGGGAUAGUCGAUCCGCAGAUGGUCGUGAGCCUCGGUAAUCUACCGAGCGGUAUAGCCAGCUCGUUGGCGAAUAAUCAAAUGUCGAUCGCGAAUUCGAUGGGCGGCUUACAAUCGUCCAUGAGCAUGGCCGGAAGUAACCCCGCGAUGUCGAUGCCGGGCGGCAUGAAUUCCGGUUUAGUGAUGACUAGCACCGCCAGCGGGAACAACAUGGGUGGAAUGGCCGGCGGAAGCUUGAUAGUAACCAAUAGUUUAAACAAGCAGCCUUUAAAUACAGUAACCAUGAUGGGCCCUAAUACUCAAACGAUACACCACCCGGGUGCUCCUCAUGGGGUUACGCCGAUGCAAAACGGUCCCGGGAUGAUGAACACGAGGGCUGUGGCGAUGCAGCAGCAACCACAGGCGCAUAUGGUUGGUCAGGCGAGAGGACAGAGUCCUCACCAGGUGCAUCAGGUCGGCAUCGUCGGUCCCGGCCAGGGUGGUCCCAGGAUGCAGGCUCCUAACAUGACGAAUAUGCCGAUGGGCCAGUUGGGCGCAUCGAAUCCGUACAGCUAUGGUACUCCAAAUACUGUUGGACCAGGAGCAGGAGUAACUGUAUGCGCCAAUAAUCCCGUAGGUGUCGUCAAACCGCAACAAAAAGGCGUAGGAACGAAUAUGAGUCCCAUGCAAGCGGCAGCCGCUGCCAGCAGGUUUACCGGUACUGCUGGUCCAAUCGGCACUACGAACGUCGUGGGCGGUCAGGAGGGUGGAACGGCAGCGCAACAGGCACAGCCACCGGCACCAAGUCCGGCUCAACCUCAAUCGGGUGCACCGUCUGGAGGGCAGCCAGGUUCGCAGCAAGCCACGCAAGGACAAAUGGCUGGUACUACUCCAACGGGCACAAAAUCAACGCCUGACCCUGAGAAGUGUCGACUGAUACAACAGCAGUUGGUGCUACUCUUGCAUGCGCAUAAAUGCCAACGGCGUGAGAGUCAAGCAAAUGGCGAGCUGCGACAAUGCACCUUGCCAGACUGCAAAACCAUGAAGAACGUUUUAAAUCACAUGACGAACUGUCAAGCGGGAAAGAAUUGUACUGUUCCGCAUUGUAGUAUGUCCAGGCAAAUAAUCAGUCACUGGAAGCAUUGCAACCGAGGUGACUGCCCUGUUUGUUUGCCUAUAAAACAAGCGAAUAAGAACAGGACAAAUUCUGCGCAAGCACCCGCGAUACAACCAAAUAAUCAGCCAAAUCCCAGUCCAUCCGAGAUGAGGAGGGCUUACGACGCUUUAGGCAUACAAUGCCCGACAACAACACCGGGACUCCUGCCUGGCCAAGGCGUUGGUAGGGGCCUCAGAAUGCCAGCUCCCGGUAUGGCGGGACCUCCAGGGACACUCGGCAACGUUAGAUUAGCCCAACCUCAAACACAGAAUUUUUACGCGAAAAGCAACAAGCGAUGGGCGCCCAUGUGUGUUUCAGCUGCACCGGGACAAUCCGUAGUCGGUGCCGGACAACAAGUAGUCGCUCCGAACGUAUCUCUUCCUUUAAAUUCCGAUCCUAGUACGGUCGGGGUAGCCGGCAAUCAGACGGUACCCACGACCGGACCAUCAUCCGCCGCAGCAGCGGCCGCUGCCAAUAUACAGCAGUCCGUUAAUAUGCAAACACUGUUCGGACUGAACGAGUCCGGGCAACCUGGCGCAAUAGGCGGGGAAAAUAGAUUAGCGAAUCUACAGCUUCCAGGCGGUCUUCAACCCGGUCAAGUCACAGCGACGCCGGUGCAAGGAACGAAGGAGUGGCAUCUCUCUGUCACUCCAGAUCUCAGGAACCAUCUGGUUCAUAAAUUAGUUCAAGCAAUAUUUCCGACUCCUGAUCCACAAGCUAUGCUCGAUAAAAGAAUGCACAAUUUGGUCGCGUACGCAAGGAAGGUGGAAGGUGACAUGUACGAAAUGGCCAACUCACGAUCGGAAUAUUAUCAUCUGCUAGCUGAGAAAAUUUACAAGAUUCAAAAAGAACUUGACGAGAAACGACAAAAGCGAAAGGAACAACAGCAACUACAAGCUCAGCAGCAGCAGCAGCAGCAACCACCACCAGGAACAUCUGGUCCUGGACUAAGACAAUGCGCACCUCCAAAUGUAGGUACCGUUAUGCCAGGGGCGUCGAAACCUGUCGGGGCGGUACCACCUACAUUAAGAAGUCAUUCGCCAAGCAUGAGUCAACUCGGAACGAUACCAACGAUGGCCAUUCAGCAGCACAAUAGGAUGCAGUUCCCACAGCAGCAGCAGCAGCAGCAGCAAGCUCAACAGCAGCAAGCCCAGCAGCAGCAGCAGCAGCAGCAACAACAGCAGCAGCAGCAGCAGCAGGUGCAAGCUCAACAGCAAAUACAACAGCAGCAAGGAAUCCUGGUCGGUCCUCCCGGUCCUAGCCCGAAUGGACAAUCCACAUCCAACGCCAAUAUGGUGCCUAAUCCUGGACUCAGCCCGUUUGGACAACCUCAAAUGUCCCAGGCUAAUCUCACGACCACCACUGCGUCUAAUAACGCGACGACUAGUCAAUUUCCGACGUCCAAUGGCACGGCUGCCGGUUUACCCAACAGUUCUCCUAUUCAGAACCAGCAUCAGUUCCCCGAUCUCAUGAAAGUUAGAUUGGCGCAGGCCCAGGCUCAAGCGGCACAACAGCAGCAGCAGCAGCAACAACAACAGCAGCAGCAGCAGCAGCAGCAACAACAAAGUCAGCAACAGCCGCAACCAACGAGUACUCCGAGCCAGGUCGGCACUCCCGUAUCGUCGAUUCCUCAAGCACCAUCACCGUUCAGCGGCAUGCAGCAGCCAGCGCAGCAGUCGCAACAACAGCCGCAACAGCAACCGAAUCAACAAUUCCCAACUCGGCCGUUGUCAGCUUCCACGCCUAAUGACAAUGGCAUCGCGACGUCGACGCCGCAGACGAUACCGCCGCCCGCAUCCAGCGGACCGAGCCCAACGGGUAGCGUGCCUGCGACAACGGGUACGACCAACGGACCUCAGUCGACCACCUCCACGCCGAACACGCCGCUUGUACCGUCGCUAAUGACGCCAAAUCAAACGGUCUCUUCCGCAUCGAACCAGACGCCGCCUCAUUCGGGCCCGACACCGUCCCCAGCCGGCCUUGCGAGCCUCGGCAAGGGCAUGACCUCGCAGGAACGCGCGGCGCUCAACACGCCACGCAGUACAUCCAUGUCCUCGCAAAUGGCUGCCAUCACGGCGGCGUUAGAUCGUGAAAAUUCACCCAGCCCGCCGAUGAAUAACAACAAGGGCAAGCUGGAUUCCAUCAAGGAGGAGAUGAAGAUGGAGAUCAAACAGGAGCCGUCGGACGAAUCGCAGAACCACAGGAUGGACGGUAAAAGCGUCAACAAUGAGAUCACUAUCAAGACCGAGCCGAAGACCGAACCAAUGGAAGAAGGCUCGAACGAGGCGACCGUGAAGGAAGAGCCUGGCAUUAAAGAGGAGAGCAUGACACCCGGUAUUAAAGAGGAGAGUAUGACUGCCUCCGAUAUCAAGCCGAUGGUGCCGGAGCCGAUUCAACCGACUGGUACGUCCGCCGACAAGAAGAAGUGCUUGUUCAAGCCCGACGAGCUGCGCCAGGCACUGAUGCCGACGUUGGAGAAACUGUAUCGGCAGGAUCCCGAGUCCAUACCGUUCCGGCAACCGGUGGAUCCCCAAGCGCUGGGUAUACCGGAUUAUCCGACCAUCGUGAAGAAGCCGAUGGAUCUGUCGACGAUCAAGAAGAAACUCGACACGGAGAAGUACAGCGAUCCGUGGGAGUACGUCGACGACGUGUGGAUGAUGUUUGACAACGCCUGGCUGUACAACCGCAAGGCUUCUCGCGUCUACAGAUAUUGCACCAAGCUCUCGGAGGUGUUCGAGCAGGAGAUAGACCCCGUGAUGCAGGCACUGGGCUAUUGUUGCGGCAGAAAGUACACAUUCAACCCGCAGGUGCUUUGUUGCUACGGCAAGCAGCUUUGCACGAUACCUAGGGACGCAAAGUAUUACUCGUAUCAGAACAGUGCUCUAAAGGGAAUUGGUCUUCUUUCCGACAGAUACACCUUCUGUCAGAAAUGUUUCAACGACAUUCCUGGUGACACAGUGACGUUGGGAGACGAUCCAACGCAGCCUCAAACUGCCAUCAAGAAGGAACAGUUCCAGGAAAUGAAGAACGAUCACUUAGAAUUGGAACCUUUUGUAACCUGCACGGACUGUGGUAGGAGAAUACAUCAGAUUUGUGUGCUCCAUAUGGAAGCAAUCUGGCCAUUAGGAUUUACCUGUGAUAAUUGCUUAAAGAAGAAGGGACAGAAACGCAAAGAGAAUAAGUUCAACGCCAAACGACUGCCCGUAACGAAACUCGGCACGUAUAUCGAGACGCGCGUGAAUAACUUCCUAAAGAAGAAGGAGGCGGGCGCCGGCGAAGUCGCGAUCAGAGUGGUCGCUUCCAGCGACAAGGUGGUCGAGGUGAAGCCCGGUAUGCGAAGUAGAUUCGUCGAAAACGGUGACAUGCCCGGCGAAUUCCCGUACCGCGCCAAGGCUCUGUUCGCGUUCGAGGAGGUCGACGGUACCGACGUCUGUUUUUUCGGUAUGCACGUGCAGGAGUACGGGAGCGAAUGCACGCCGCCCAACACCAGACGGGUUUACAUCGCGUAUCUUGACUCUGUCCACUUCUUCCGGCCUAGACAAUUUCGAACGGCUGUGUAUCAUGAGAUUCUUCUUGGAUAUCUCGACUACGCGAAACAGCUUGGAUAUACUAUGGCUCAUAUUUGGGCUUGUCCACCUUCCGAAGGGGACGAUUAUAUCUUCCACUGCCAUCCCGCAGAACAAAAAAUACCAAAGCCUAAAAGAUUGCAGGAAUGGUACAAGAAAAUGUUGGACAAGGGAAUGGUCGAGAGGAUCGUGCUCGAUUAUAAGGACAUCUUAAAACAAGCCAUGGAAGACAGGCUCUCGUCCGCGGCGGACUUGCCGUAUUUUGAGGGCGACUUUUGGCCGAAUGUGUUAGAAGAAAGUAUUAAAGAGUUAGAUCAAGAAGAGGAAGAGAAACGAAAACAAGCUGAAGCGGCGGAAGCAGCCGCUGCUGCGGCGAACGCGAUAUUUUCGCUCUCUGAAGACUCGGAAACUCCAGACGGUAAGAAGAAGGGCCAGAAGAAGGCGAAGAAAUCUAACAAAUCUAAAGCGAAUCAAAGAAAAAAUAGCAAGAAAUCGAAUACUCCUCAGACCGGCAAUGAUCUUUCCGCAAAAAUCUUUGCCACCAUGGAAAAGCACAAAGAGGUGUUCUUCGUCAUUAGGUUGCACAGCGCGCAAAGUGCAGCCAGUUUGGCACCUAUCCAAGAUCCCGAUCCUGUCAUUAAUUGUGAUUUAAUGGAUGGCCGUGACGCCUUUCUCACGAUGGCGAGGGAGAGGCAUUACGAAUUUUCAUCGCUUAGAAGAGCGAAGUUCAGUUCCAUGUCUAUGUUAUACGAAUUGCAUAAUCAAGGCCAAGACAAGUUCGUUUACACUUGUAAUAACUGCAAAAGUCAUGUGGAGACCAGAUACCAUUGUACAGUUUGUGACGAUUUCGAUUUAUGUGUAAGUUGUAAAGAUAAAGACGGUCAUCCGCAUCCGAUGGAGAAACUUGGCUUCGAUUUGGAUGACGGCUCUUCACCGGCGGAUGCAAAACAGACAAAUCCACAGGAGGCUAGGAAAUUAUCGAUACAAAGAUGCAUUCAAUCUUUGGUGCAUGCCUGCCAGUGCAGAGACGCCAACUGUCGUUUACCAAGUUGCCAGAAAAUGAAGCGAGUAGUGAUGCAUACGAAGAACUGCAAAAGAAAGACAAAUGGCGGUUGUCCUAUAUGUAAACAGCUGAUUGCGCUGUGUUGUUAUCACGCAAAACACUGCCAAGAGACCAAGUGUCUCGUUCCAUUCUGCUCCAACAUCAAGCACAAGAUAAAGCAGCAACAAUUGCAGCAACGAUUACAACAGGCGCAACUGCUCAGGAGGCGAAUGGCUGUGAUGAAUACGAGGCCAACCGGACCUGUAACCGCAAUGCAGGCUGGACAACAGACCUCAAACGUUGCCAUGACGACUGGAGUCGCGAUGAAACCUGGCGUCAGCACGUCGAGUUUGCCGACGCCGCAUCAACCAGGUAUUGGAUUGAAACCCGGGACGCAGGCGCCUCCUGCACAUGUUCUACAGGUGGUGAAGCAGGUGCAGGAAGAAGCAGCGAGGCAACAGGCGCCGCACAGUUUCGGCAAGGUGACGCCUGUCGGUGGUGUCGGCGUGGGCGGCCAAACGGGUGGGGUGAUGCCGCCGCCGCAGAUGCAACGCCCGUUGCCGGUUCAGAUGCCGAAUCCCAGCGGCACGCAUCUCAUACCGAUGGAUCAGUGGACGGCAAGCAGGUAUCAAUCAAAUACGGUGAUGCAACAAAAUCCCAAUUUGGCGCGACAGCAGACGCCGCAACAGCUGAUGCAGCAGCAACAGCAGCAGCAGCAGCAACAGCAGCAGCAGCAGCAUCAUCAGGCUCAACCAAUGGGUGCACAAAUGCCGCGGCAACCGGGCGUGAUUGGACCGGUUGGACAGGUCGGUCCACAGACAAGCAACAUGCAGAAGCAUGCUCUUCAACAGCUGAUGCAGACUCUCAGGAGUCCGCACACGCCCGAUCAGCAGAACCAAAUACUCCAAAUACUCAAGAGCAAUCCACCGUUGAUGGCUGCUUUUAUCAAGCAACGAGCGCUUGUCCAUCAGCAACAACCUGGUCAGCAUGGCGGGGGAGUCGGCGGCCCAUUGGGUCCUAAUCAACCCCAACAGCAACAACAACCUGGUUUGCAGCAUAUGAUGUCCCAGCAGCAGCAGCCGCAGCAGCAGCAGCAACCGCAGCAGCAGCCGCAGCAGCAGCAGCAGCAGGGUAGACUGCAGAUACAGAUGCUGACGCAGCAGGCCCAACAACAACAGCCUGUGCAGCAGCAGCCACAGUGGUACAAACAACAGAUGCUGGCGAUGCAGAGGCAACAACAGGUAGCUCAGCAGCAGCAGCAGCAGCAGCAACAACAGCAGCAGCAGCAGCAGCAACAACAGCAACAGCAGCAGCAGCAGCAGCCAUUCACUCAGCCGCCAGCACCACCGUAUGGUCAACAACGACCCAUACGACCAUCUCUUCUUGGUAAUUACAUGAUCUGUCGUAAUUACUUAGAAAACAAUGGGGCUGUAGUAGUACGUGGUAGAGUGUUUUCUCGACACCAACCGUUGCCCAACUCCCUAGGUUACGCAGGUUUCAACGAACAAAGCUAUGGCCAGCCGGGUCUAAAACCUACUCCACCGCCCGUGCCCUCGCCGCAAGGCGUCAUGGGUCCGCCGGGAAUCUCCGUACAACAACAAUUGAUGCAGUCAGUUCGUUCGCCACCGCCCAUCCGAUCUCCACAGCCCAACCCCUCGCCGCGACCUGUCCCUUCCCCUCGUAAUCAGCCGGUACCGUCGCCGCGGUCGGGUCCGGUGCCAUCGCCUCAUCAUCAUCCGCCGCACGGCACGCCGACGCAUUCGCCGGCUCACGAGCUCGGCGGCGGUCCCAGCGAGAUGAUGCUCUCGCAACUCGGUGGCGGUCCUGGUGCGCCCACCGGCCAUCCCGCCGCUAUGCCUCAUCAUCCCUCGCCGGCGCCGGCGCCCACGAAUGGCGGCGCAGACGCCAACGAGGUGACGCCAAUGACGCCGCAGGACCAACUUUCCAAAUUCGUCGAGGGGUUGUAGUGACUGUUACGGACGAUCACAUCGGUCGAUGGUUAUGUAAGUGUUUCUCUUAACGGAGACGACGACUACGACGGUGGCGCUCGGACGGCUGCGACCGUCCGCGUCGCGUGAAUUUAUAAAUAAUACGAAACGUUCGCGAAAUUAUUAGAUAAUUAAUCUCGCAAUUCGCGCGCGCGCGCAGAUAGAGACUGAAUGAGAAAGCCUGACACGCGCGUUCCGUCGAGCGAUGCUCAAGCCUGACACGCCUGGGGAUUGGGACUCCCUUAGGACCACAGGAUAGUUUCCGAUUCCGCGAUCCUCAACGAUGCGGACGAGACGCUCGGUUCGCGCGCGCGCACGCGCGCAUAUCUUCUCUUUCGAUUUUCUACAUUAUGCGAUACGUCGAAGGACAAGAGGGAAAGAUGACGCGACGUUGGUGCUUUUCAAUUCUACUCGGCCUGGCUCAAAUAGACUCAAAAUUGUUUUCGUCCUUGGUCGAGAAAGAAAGAGAGACGGAGAGAAAUGCAACUCGGUAGGACGAGGAGGAACGAAAGACUAAACGAAACUAUCGAGACACUAUUAUUACGUAUUCUCCCCUCGUAUCCUCCAGAGCCCCCCCUCGACUCUACCACUCUUCCUCGCUGCUACUCGUGCAGGGUGAGUGAAAUCGUACAAAUAUAUGUAUGUAUACAUUUAUAUAUUUAUAUAUACAUUUAUAUACAUAUAUAUGGAUAUAUAUAUACAUAUAUGUAUGCUGUGUAUACUUAACGUUAAUUAAUAAUUAAUAGUUCAAAUACUACUAGUUCGUAAUUAGUAUCGUAACUGUAUGCAAUUAUAUACCAGUAUAUUAAUAUUACCGUAUAACGAAGAACACAAAGUAUAUGAUAAAGACUUGUAUGAAAGAUAAAAUGAUAUAGAUAGCAAGAAUCCACUAGCGUUGUAUGUACGGGGGAAGACAGAUAAUUUAGAUCGUACAUUAAGUAAUAUGUUCGUUUAAGGAAGAAAAUUUGUUACUAAGAGAUCCCUAAGCGCCACACCCAAGGUUGUACCUUAAACCAUGAAAUUCUAUGGAUCUUAUCGCGAGUGACUCCGUGCAUUCUCUCGAGUGCCGCGGGUCGUCAGUAGGACUUGAAAGGCGGCGAUCCUCUCGAUAAGAUGCCUGGUUCCAACCGCGCCUUAUCGAGAGGACCGCUCAUGUGACGAGUUAACGUUGUCGUAACCAAAAAAUAGAAAUUCACAACAGGCUGCUAGUGCGCGCGGGAACGUUUAUAUGAAGAAAAAAAGAAACGUGUUAAUUUUGAUGAAGGAAGAGACGUAGAAUGACGUAGUUUUCUCCGGUUGAGGGUCCACUUGCGUGUGUACAGUUGAAUCAAAAUGUAAGAAAUGAGAAUGCGUAUUCGAUACCGGGCCCUCGCGUGAAAACUCUGUAAAUACUAGAUUAUUAUUACGACGAAUAUUAAUUUACCUGCC